CGACUACGAUAAUUCUGACGAGGAGCUGCCCUUUUUCAUUCCCCGGCCCACAAAUGUGUCAUUCAACAGAGGUGACACUGCCAUCCUGGUCUGUGGAAUCGAAAAUCUUGGCACCAAAACGGUCAUAUGGCGACGAGCGUCAGAUCCGAACCCGCUGACUAUCGGCUCUCAUGUCUAUGUAGGAGAUCCUCGUUACUCAGCCAAGGCCAGUCCAGAGAAUAAAGAAUGGAGACUGAUCAUUGAAGAUGUGCGGACCACAGAUGCCGGAGUGUAUGAAUGCCAGAUCAGCAGUCGAGCCAAGCUGAUACAGCAUGUCUUACUCCGUGUGAAUG